UGAUUUUCCCUAGUUAAAACAUAUGUUAUAUGGUGCAAACUAAAUCUUCUAUUUAUAAAUAACCUUUUUGAAAUUAUUUCAAAUUCGAUUAGAAAUAUAUCCAUAUACAAAAGUCUUGCGCACUAGAAAUGGUCCUCAUCAGGGAACAGACGAUCCUGUACAAGUUGGACUCGUUGAGUGUCGGAUUGAAAGCCUGCUGGAACUACUGGAAGAGACUCGUCGGCCGGAGAAGCGUGGACAGCCUCCAGGCAGCCACCGCCUUGGCCCUUGUCCAGCUGAUCCUCUGCCAUCGAGUGCUGCCCUUCAAGGAGUUCCUGAAGGCCCAGGUCAGCAAGAAGGGCCCCUGCACGGAGGAGAUCAUCAACUACGACUGGAAGUUGAUCCACAAGCAGGUCAAGCUAGUGGCCGAGUUCCUUCUUCCGGAAGAACAUUUGUGAUUGUUAAAUAAAAAAUUAUUUGUGAGCUCACUAUUUUGUGAUAAUAAGUAAAAGUAGAAUGGGGAAACUCAGGAUUUCAAAGAUAUAUUUCAAUAAGCUGACAUAAUCAAUACAAUACAUCCUAGUUAG